ACUAAGCUUGACAAAGUCAUGAGUUAUUAAAAACAUACCUACCCCUCAGGCAAAGGAAAAAGAACAAGAUAAGAGAAUACGAGAGAACUGUACUGCAAGCUGAUUGUCCAGACAGGGUGCAUAACACUUUGCCUGUGGGAUUGUGUGGAAUUCCACUUUUUUUUUGGAUUCGAUCUGGAUGGAAAUUCCUUCUUUGUGUUUCAAAUGGGGAUUAUUCCAUGAAUGCCUGGAUACUGUUACUGUUAGCUGAUGUCGCUGGGCUCUGAGGGCAUUGUGGCGAUGACAGCCCUGUUCCGAGGAAAAUGGGGUUUCAAGACUCAAGAGGCCCCCAGCAAAUCUCAGACACCUCCGGCACACCUGCCCAGUCAAGAUGAGGAUGAUGAUGAUGAGGAUGCAUUGUCCACCAGAGCUCCAAUUCGCAGGAAUUCAAGGUUUUACCGCUCAAUGAGAAAGAAAAAGUUAUCCUCGUCAUCAGAACAGGCAGAAAGCCCCUCCUCCUCUCCUAAACCAACAGUGGACCCCACCUCCUGCAAUAGGCUCAGCCCCUCUGCGGCAUAUCAGUCCCCACACUCUCCCAGAAUGAACCAUCCACCUUCUCGCUCUGGAAUCUCGUUGCCAAGCAACGGGAGUACUGUACUGGGAGGAGCUCGGUCUCGGUCUCCAUUGGCGACGCUGGGAGAUUGGUCACAUAGACAAGAAAUGGAAGAGCUGAGUGAACGGACGACAAGUGCCUGCACAGUGCAGGACAAUGACUUUCACAACACUGCCGACCUCGACAAAAUCACACUCCGGUUGAUGAGGAAUGGUGACAGUCCACAGAAGACGGCAGUGGAGAAUCCCUGCCGCAGUCUCAACAUUGUGAAGAACGUUGAUGUUCUGUAUCAAGAAUACCGGGACACUUCUAAGCAGCAGGAGAUCGAGCAGCGACGGCAGAGAGAUGGGCUUCCAACUGCAGGGUCAGGGGUCACGGCUGCUCCUGCAUUGCAGCUUCAAUUAAGGAAUAGUGCACAUUCACUCAGCCUCUGGCAAAACUUGGAGGCUGUGAAGGACAGUGGACUACUGAAAACACUGGAACCAAAAGAGAUAAUAGUGCAGGAGGCCAUGUUUGAAUUGGUGACCUCUGAGGCGUCGUACUACAAAAGUCUGGAGCUGCUAGAGACCCACUUUCUUCACAACCCUCUUCUUGUCAACACUUUGAGUCAAUCAGACAUGCACUUCUUGUUCUCAAACAUUGAGGACAUCAUGAAGGCAAGCGAGAGGUUCCUUAUGGAUCUGGAGCACAGGAUUGAAGAGUCCAUCCAGAUCUCAGAUGUGUGUGACAUUGUUCAUUUUCACGCUGUUAACUACUUCCAAGUCUUCAUCAGCUACGUCAUCAACCAGGCAUACCAGGAGAAGAAUUACCGACGGAUACUACAGGAAAAUUCUCUUUUCCGAGAGAAUAUGUUCAUUCUGGAGAAUCAGCCGAAAGUGAAAGGCCUCUCGUUUACCUCCUUCCUCAUCCUACCCUUCCAGCGAAUCACACGACUCAAACUACUUGUUCAGAAUAUUCUUAAGAAGGUGGAAGAAAAUUCAGACAGAGAAAAGACUGCCAUAUUGGCGCAUCAAGAGUUGGAAAGGAUUGUGAAGGAGUGUAAUGAAGGUGUGCGGAAGAUGAGUCGCACUGAGGAGCUGAUCAGCAUCGAGAAAACACUUGAAUUCAAGUCAAAGUCCGUGCCUGUGAUUUCACACUCUCGUUGGCUCCUGAAGAAGGGUGAAGUCCAGCAGAUGUCUGGACCCAAGAGCACUAGGACCAUGCGCAGCCGCAAGCUCUACCACCCCAUUUACCUGUUCCUGUUCAAUAACCUGCUGCUCAUCACCAAACGCAGCUCCAGUGGAGAGAAGUACCAGGUUCUGGACUCUUGCAGUCGCUCCAUGUUGAGGACUGAAGACCUUGAAGAUCAGGGUCAGAUGCUGGCCUGUUCUUUUGUGCUGAAACUACUGGAGAACCAGGAGGACAGACAAGUCAGCUACAUGCUUAAGACUGAAAGCAUGAGUGAUAAACUGCGCUGGAUCAAUGCAUUGACUCCAAACCGUCGUACAAGGUUCCUCUCAACCAGUGCUCACCAACCAGAUCCUCCUCAGGUACAGUGCAUCCAGUCCUACUCCUCUCAAGAGCCAGAUGAACUUCCUGUUGAAAUGGCUGAUGUGCUGCACAUUUUGGAGUGUACUGAUGAUGGCUGGAUGUUGGGUGAAAGGUUGCACGAUGGAGAGCGGGGUUGGUUCCCCAUCCGUGUGGUAGAGAGGAUUAUGAGCGCCGAAGUUCGGGCACAAAACCUGAAAGAGUGCCAACGGAUUCAACAGGCUCAGGAAGGAGCACAAGGGACUAGAGCAACCUCUAGGGGGCGCCGUGCAACUAAGAGUCCCCAGUUCACUCCAUCCUGGACUGAUGUGUAGAUAAAGAGCAUGAAAUGACAUCCUAUUUGUUCGCUCUUUCAUGACUCGGUAAUCCGAAAGUAAUGCCACCUAGAUGUCACGGUCGCAUUGGAUCCAUGGGCUAUGGUCACCGUUGAUAGUCAUUAUAUGUCCAGUGUUUAACAAAUACAUGUCUGGUGUCACACUUAAGACUUGGCAGGGUCCUGAAACAGCUCUUGCACUAUAAGCACUUGUUUUUGAAUAGCUGCUUCCAUUCAGUCCUGACACACUGUACGCAUGAAGGAUUUCAACUUACGCAAUCACAUACAGUUUCCAAAGUUCGCACUCAUGAGAUGAACUGAGAGCAGGAGGGAGAGGAAAUGAAAGAAAAUGAAUAGUAUGUCAGGACUUUUGUAAAGUCAUUAUGCUUCUCUCCAAAUGGAAUGUAUUAAUGUGCAUGGUCACACCUUACUGACAAUACAGGUUUGUAUAUUUUUAACCUUUGAUGACAAGUGGAUGUACUGUACCGUACGAAGCUCAUUCACCUCCAAUCAGCUUGAAGAACAAAAGAGGAGAUAAAAUGAACAAAGUUAAUGCAAAUAUCUGGCUUUUUAUUGGAAUUUAUUGUAUGUCCUUAAACAUGGAAGUAUGCAAAGCAAAUUAAGAACAAUAAGACAUUUAAGAUUUGCACAUGCUUUAUGAAAGGGUUUGACAUAAGUACAAUCACACACAUACACAUCAAACAUUGUUUUACCUAAAAGGCAAGCAAUCUCGCUGAACCAGUCUAACAUUAAUCUUUUCCAAGAGAGAAUGUAUCUUCCAUGAGAGUGAGAAGAAAACUUGCUGUUGAGCUGGAGUAGGUGUUUUUGUAGUUUAUGGUGUGUGCAUGUUCAUAUGAAAACUUCUCAUGUUUAAAUAUGUGGUAAAACAGUAAUUGCCAAAAAAAAAAAAAAAAAAAAUGUCCCAUUUCAUUUUGUAAAAAUAUAAUUUAUUGUUAAUAAAAAAUAAAUCUUGAAUGUU